CACCACCACCUCACGAAAUGCCUGCAAAUUGCAAUGUUCAGCCUGUGCAAAAGACGGAAGACUGGGACAACCAGCUCCUGCGGCCGCCCUUCCAUAGGUAUGCCCAUAUAAUAGCAGCAUUGGGGUGAAGCGAAGCUGUGAGCUUGAGCAUCUUUUUGGCGGCAUGGCAAUGCAGCGGAUUCGCUUUCUGGGACGAUUGAAGGGAAGCUUGGAACUCACCACCAGCAUUACCGAGCUGCUCUGGGCAGGGGGCGCCCAGUCUUCACUAGAGUGCCCCCCCGGCGCUCGUGGCUUUGCGAAGGCUCUCAAUCAGAAGCUCAAUGUUGUCCUGAAGGAGGACGUCCAAGGGGUGGGGCAGGCUGGGGAGGUGCUGUCGGUGGCUGCAGGCUUUGCCCGGAACUUCCUGAUCCCGCAGAGGAAAGCACUGCCGGGGCUGGAGAAGUAUGUCCAGAUGGCACACACCUUCCGACUGGACGAUAACGUGGAGGUGCUGCAGCGGCGCGCGGGGCAGGCGGACGCGGACAACCUGGAGAAGCAGCGGCAGCGGAUACGGCGGGAGCGGGAAAAGGUCGUGCGGCGAUUGACGUCUACCAAAGUGGUUUUCUACCGCAACCUGAACAAGACUGACCGCCUCACCCUUCUUACCCCAGUCAAUGCGAAGGACAUUGUUGCCGAGGUAGAGCGGCAGUUGCGGAUCUCCAUGCAAGAGGAAUGCAUCCGGCUCGCCCAACCCAUCACCGGCCUUGGAGACUUUGAGGUCCCCCUCUUGUUGCCGGAAGACGAGGUUGCACAAGAGCUUCAACAGGCCUUGUUAGAAGAAGGGAGCCAGGAUUCGUAUGACGAGGAGGACGAAGGGCGGCAAAAACAGCUGGCCAUCACAGUCCGAGUUCGGAGAAAAGGCAAGACCGGGACAGCGAAGGGAGCGUCCUAGUAGAUGUGGCGCGAAGAACUUCGGAAGUUGUGCCAAGCACGUUGCUUGGUUUGGAAACAGCGUUUUCGGUCCAUGACCGAGAUGCGAGGGGUUUUUAGUAUGCGGUUCGGCGUUCAUUCGGUCGACCCUUUGCUCCAGGAUUCGAGUUGAAAGUUUCUAAGAAUCUUGUGCAAAGGCUGGUGUUUUGCAGAUAUGGCUUGACAGAUUGCAUGCCAGCCAGGAUACUGGCGCCCUAUGUAGGCGGCCGCAGUCUGUAAGAGACACACAUGGAUCUCCGUUCACCUUGUCUAGCGGCGUGACAGGCGGCUGCCUGCCAAAAAGGGGCAUCGUCAUAACCUCCAUGUUCGAAACGGG